CGGUUCUCCAACAAAAACACUUUGAAAACCAUCUCUCGUUUUUAGUCGUUUGACAAAAACCACGCAAAACGGCGUAAACUUGGCUAGCCGUGGUUUUUAAUCAAAUGAAGUGAUUUUUAAAGUGUCUCACUUGAUUUCUUAGCCAAAUACAUCAAAUAAGUGUUUUAAACACUUGGUUUUUAUUUUGGAGAACCUUGGAUUUUUCGGUCGGUUUUUGCAUCGGUUGGCUAGGCCGUGGUUAAGGCAAAAACCACAGGUUUUUGGCUAACCACCCACCCAGCGAUGGGAAGAACAUCCCAUCGAUGGGAAGAACAUCCCAUCGAUGGGUAAGUAGCCCCUUAGCCAAACCAACUUCCAGAACCAUGCCAAACAGCAAUGGGAAGCUCUACCCAUCGCUGUUCAAGCGUUGGUCCAACAUUAUCACAAGGAAGAAUGCCCUUACCCAGCGAUGGGAAGCUUUAUCCAUCGAUGGGAACCCAGCGAUGGGAAGGCUAAACCAUCGAUGGGAAGGCAUGACCGUUGGAAGUCAUUUAAGGAAAGAAGACAAAAGCUUCGAAGAAGAAGGUCACCACCGAGGCUACGAGCUUAGCGCCCCCGCCGUUCCCCUACCUGGAUGCUCGUUUCUUGAGUUCGGGUCGGAGGAGGAACUCAACCGGUUCCUCACGCACUUUGCCAAGCGUCCCAUUUCUCCGCCUAGGGUGCUACCCGAGUUGUACCCUCAACAAAAGGGGUACCAUGACCUCGACAAUCAGCUUCAAGCAUCGGGUCUGUGGUCGUUCGUCUCCAGGAGCCGCUCGAACUUCAAUCCCGCCUUUGUGCGAGCCUUCUACUCCAAUCUCCGCCGGGACGGGGACACCAUUCGCAGCAGCAUCAAUCUCUACGACAUAGAGAUUGAUUUGCUUACCUUUGCUCGGGUCGCAGGGCUGCCCAUCCGCGGUGACGACAUCGCAACCUAUGGUGGCGACGAUUGGAUCCUCAACAACGAGGCGGUCAUCAUUCGUGAGCUUGGGAUCACCAACUUGAUCCGCCACAGCGGCGCACCGACGAUUCACUCGGCCCCACCGGACAAGCGCCUCCUCCUCUACAUCAUCACCUGGAUUCUCCGCCCCCAGGACAGCAGCCAUACCUUGCUCUUCAACGAGGACUUGAAGGCGAUUCACGCCAUCAUCCACGGCGCCUCCAUCAAUUGGGCGAAAUUCGUGAUGAUCCACAUGGCGGAUUGCGCCUCCAUCGCCACUGAGCGGAGCUUGCCAUACGCCUUCCUCAUCAUGAACAUCAUCAUCUCUGCCGACAUCUCCAUCGCCGGCCCGGAUACGAAGAUGACAAAGAUUUGGAUAAUUCAAGACAGCACCUUCCAGAAGAAGUGCGGAGACCGGGACGGCGCAGGCCCGAUUCGUGCACCAGCCCCCGCUCCCGCCAAGGCCUCUUUGCAAUCCAUAGCCGAUACUCUGAAUCGGCUAACCCUCACAGUGGAUGGCAUGGGGCAGUCAAUCGAGCGGAUGGACUGGACGCUGCAACGCCAACACCACGACAUGACGACGUUCUUCCGCGGCAUCAACUACGUCCCGCCGCCCUUUGACAGCACCUUCCUCGGCCAAAACUAUGAAGGCGAGGACGAGGAGGAUAACUCCUAAGCUCCAUCCUCCUCCCCCGACGAGGCCGACUUUGGAGAUGCGGUCCACGGCGAUCCAAUGGACGCCGAGGACGACGAGGACGCCGAUGCUUAGACUUUUCUUUUCUCUUCUUACUAUGAUUGUAUUUUUAUUUCCAUUCCGUUGUAUUCCGCAUUUCCCUUUUUCAUGAAUAAAAGUUUACUUUUACAAUUCUAAAGUUUACUUUUAAUUCUUUUUGUUAAUGUCAAAAGAGGGAAGAUAUUAAGGUUUUGAUAAUGCCAAACCGCCGUGAUCAAGUCAAACAUUGAAUAUACAAGGCGAAGAACGAAGAUAAGAGCAAGAGCUAAACGAAGACCAAGAACGAAGACCUUAAUCAUAGUAUUGAGUCGGUCUUUAUUGUGAUCAAGACCGACCCAAUCUUUACACCUUGGCUCUUUAGGCCUAAAUCUCUCAUUGCAUUUCUUACAUCAUAAAAAUGUUUUUCAAACUUUUUUAAGUCAUUAAAAACACAAGGUGUUC